UCUUUAUCUUGUCUUAUAUGCCUUAUUGUUCUUCUAUAAAUGAGUCACAUUCCACCCUACUUUAACGACUAAUUCUCUCAUUUUCUUUUCCAUCUCUUCAAUUUUGCCUUUUCCAUCUUUCUCACCAAAGAGGGUGAUACCCACAUAUUAUGGAGGACAUGGGUUCUAUAUGGACUACCUAUCAAGAGAGCACUGAUGAUUUGAACAAGAAGCUUCUUUACACUACCCUUGAGCUUGAAACAAUGAAGAAUUUAGCAACAGAGAGUCAAGAGAAUGUGAAGAAUCUACUCAAUCUACUAAAGGUUGCAUACAAAGAAAGAGAUGAAGCCAGAGACCAGCUGCACAAGUUCUUCAACAAGAUCACUGCUUCUACUCCAAUUGACUUACCCAAUGUGCAGUUUAAUCAAGUAGUCCAGCCCGAAAGUCCGACUUUGAUGCCCACAAAAGCAAACUCAAGCAUUACUGAAUCCAACAGCCUCUCUGAAACUUACAAUCCCCAAUCACAUAUCUCUUCUCCUGUUGAUUCAUUGUUUGAUGCAGUCUCUUCUCCUGAGUUUUCCAAUAUCAACAUGGCUGAUUCUAGCAACAACAUGGGUUUUGUGAAGCAGCCUUUGGUGAAAGAAUUUAAUGGAAGUACUAUUAUACCUACUGGUGUAGUAGUCUCUUCUGGUUCAAGUAUCAAAGCUGAUCCAGCUAAUGAAAUAAUUGACAAUUUUGUUAGGGGUAGGCCUUUGCCUCAGAAAGGGAUGUUAUUGCAAGCUGUGAUGGAUGCUGGUCCAUUGCUUCAGACACUUCUCGUUGCAGGUCCUAUGCCCCGGUGGCGAAAUCCCCCUCCUUUGCAGCCCUUCAAAAUCCCACCAGUUUCAAUCAAAGGUUGUGAAGCUGCUGUGAGUUUUAACAACCAGAAACAAGUGGCAAGUCCUACCUAUGUGGUUCAUAAGACACAGAACUUAACAUCUUAUCCUGAGAUGACUCGAGGCUUUUCUCAAACAUGUUCAGCUGCCAUGUUGAAUUUCAACAAUGUCAAUCCUAAUGCUGUUUCAUACCUAAACAAUUCAAGAAUGCCGAGUUCAAUUUCCAGUUUUGAUCACCAAAUCCCAAUUGCCAAGCGGCAUAGGCUUCAAUGAGGUUUAGCCAGAAGUUUGCUUCUUUUUGUGUAAAAAUCAAGUUUGAGGGGUUGAUGGUGUAAAUGGGGGAUACAUUUGUUUUGGAUUUGAACUUUAGAUAUAUGACAUAGCUCUUUAGCUUCAGUUUACC